AUGGUAUAUAUACGUUGGCUAGGUCAUCAACGUAUAGGUGUGCGUUUUCUGAAUUUUCAAAAAUUUGUGGUAAAUCAUGUUUGUUGUUACAGUCAUUGUUAUAGUCAUAUUGCUCAACGUCUCAAUCACAUCGGUAAUAAUUUAAGUGAGCAUGGAGAGUAUAAAGAAGCCCUUGAUUCUUAUAAACCAGCAUUGGCAAUGCAAGAAACCUAUUGUCCCUCUGAUAAUCUGAACAUCGCAUAUAGUCUUUGUAAUAUCGGUAAUAUUCUGAAUAAUCAAGAUAAAUAUGAAGAAACUAUUGAUUAUCAUCGACGAGCAUUGAUAAUGUAUGAAAAAUAUUCUUCAUCUCAUCAAGCAGACAUUGCAACAAUCCUUAGCAACAUCAGCGAUGCCCUAUAUAAACAAGAAAAAUACGACGAAGUAUUUGAUUAUCAACAGCGAAAACUAGACAUUCAAGAAAGUCAUCAUUCUUCUAUUCAUAUGAGUAUUAUUGAUAGUUUGUAUAAUAUGGAUAACGUUCAAAGUAGUCAAGGAAAAUACGAUGAAACCAUCGACUUUCAUUAA